AUGAACGCGGCAAUAUGGUUUUCGCUGCUCCUCUUUUUCUUGGCGACACUGCUUCCAUCGCCAGUCUCUGCGCUCUUACAGGACGAGGUUGCGGUUCUUUUGCAGUUUCGAUCCAAUCUGGAGAGCAACACGACCUGGAUCUUAAGCGACUGGAGCACCAGCCGAGAUCCAAAUCCAUGCGUCUGGAUUGGAGUGGCGUGCGACAGCUCCAGUUCCUCGGUUCAAGGACUGAAUCUCUCCGGUAUGAGCUUGCGCGGACAGCUUUAUCCCAAGCUUUGCAUGCUUCCAAACUUGGAGAGCAUCGACCUGUCGAACAAUAGCUUCAGUGGAGGCUUUCCAAGAGAGUUUCUGGGAUCGUGCAACAAGCUCAGGUACCUCAACUUGAGCUCCAAUCUUUUCUCGGGGCAGCUCCCAGCCGCUGGCUUUGGAAAUCUUAGUCGGUUGUCGAAGCUUGACCUCUCAAACAAUGAGCUCCAAGGGGGAAUCCCGCAGGACGUGAUGACCCUGCCGAGUUUACAGGAACUGGACCUCUCCGGCAACAACCUGACCGGCACAAUUCCCGUGAACAUCACGUCGAAAAACCUGAGAAGAUUGUCACUGGCGAACAACAAGCUGCGUGGAGAAAUACCUGGUGAGAUUUGGAGCUUUGCCAUGCUGCGUGAGCUCCUCCUCUGGAAAAACUCCCUCACUGGACCCAUUCCUCGCAACGUUUCUCGGCUCGUUCAUCUGGAAGGAAUCUACGUCCAAGCCAACAAUCUGAGCGGCGAAAUCCCUGUGGAGCUGGCCAGGCUUCCAAGCUUGAAACGUGUGUGGCUCUUCCAAAACAGCUUUGUUGGCGAGAUCCCGCAAGAGUUUGGCCUCCACUCUGAGCUCGAGGAGUUCGACGUAGCGCUCAAUCGCCUCACCGGACCGCUGCCGCCAAACGUCUGCCGUAGAGACACUCUCAAGUUCUUCAGCGUCAAUGUAAACCAGAUAUCCGGCAGCAUUCCUCCCUCCUUCUCCAACUGUACGCGACUGGAGAUCUUCUACGCCUCUAGUAACCAGCUCGAGGGGCAACUUCCAAGCUCCUUGUUUACGUCAAGCCUCCGCGAUUUCGACAUCUCUGGUAACCGGUUCCAAGGCAGCCUUCCAGCGAGCAUCAACAGCGCCACCUCCCUCGUCUUUCUGACUCUCUCUGGAAACUGGCUCAGCGGCGAGCUCCCUGCCGGAGUUGGAAGCUUGCCAAGCUUGUUGGCCAUCUCGGCUGGUAGUAACAACUUCUCGGGCUCCAUUCCACCAAGCUACUUCAUCACAGUGGUUAUGCUUGAUCUCUCCAAGAACAACUUAAGUGGCAAUGUCGAUCUUGGCAUGAUCACCACCAGCACCAGCCAUCUCGUGUUCCUGGAUCUGAGCCGGAACCAUCUCACGGGGACUUUGCCGGCUCCACUGUGUGGCUUUCUCAACAUGCACGUACUCAGCCUCGCCUGGAACCAUCUCCAAGGCUCCAUUCCACAGUGCUUCGGAAAUUUGUCCUCGCUGCAAAUCCUCGACCUCUCGCACAACAACUUGCAAGGAUCGCUUCCCGAAAGGCUGGAGGGUCUGCGCGGCCUACAAGACGUCUCGAGCCAGGGAAACAGGCUCACUGUGAUCUUCUUUCCCAGAAUCCUGGACUGGAAGGAAAUCUUCACCCAGUGGAUCCAACACUUCGGCAACAGCGUGUAUUUUGACUGGAGGCAGGCCUUCGAGAGCAGCCGAGAGUUUUUCCAGCAGAUGGAGGGCUAUUCCAUUCUCCUCAAUUGGAAAGGAACGUUCCGGAUUGUUGGUGACAUCUACUCCUCCACCACCUCCAUAGAUGUCUCCUCCAACAAUCUCACUGGCACCAUUCCCUCGGAGCUUGGAAAGCUCGCCGGCCUCAGGAACUUGAACCUAUCCUUCAAUAGAUUCAGCGGUAGCAUCCCUGGCGAGCUUGGUCAGCUCCAAAACCUGGAAUCUCUGGACCUCUCGAGCAACCGCCUCCAAGGAGAGAUUCCCUGGUCGCUCACCCAGCUAGGAUUCCUGGGGGGCUUCAAUGCCAGCGGGAACCAUCUGCAAGGACGCAUUCCAGGCGGGAAUGGAUUUAACACCAGAUUUGACCCUUCCAGUUUCGGAUCAAACAACAACCUUUGUGGAUACCCCUUGAUCAAUCGUUGCCGGCAGGAGGAUGGCGGUGGCGCAAUGCCGGCGCCUCGAGAAGAUGAGAAAUUCUCGCGCCGCGUAUUCGCCAUUGCUACUGUUGCCAGCUUCAUACCCGCAUUCUACCUGGCUUUAUAA